AGUAGGGACGCACAGACCCCACUGCUCCUCCCCCUGCGCGUACGUUGCAGAUCUCUCCCCCCGUGGCUGAACGAACUGACCUUCUCGAAGACAUGGCUACCGGAUAACGUAUCACUAACACACGCACCAAUAUCCGUUGCCAUGUCGGCUAUAGUGCGUCUUUACGACGUCCUACUUCUGCUGGCUGUAUUUCACCGCCUUCAAGCUGCGUCUUUGCAGACUUUAUCUGGUGUGCUGAGUUCUAUUGUCCGAAAACCUGGACAACCUGACGUGCUAUAUCCGUCCGUCUGCCCUUCGGCAUGUACUCAGCUUUUUCACGCCGAAGAAACCGAACCCAAUACUUCGCUCAACAACCGGUGCAGCUGUGUAUGUCCUUCCACUGCUCCAGUGUAUCUGAACACUGCCGGUUACUGUGUGGAUCGUCUAGACGAAUGUCGGCACAACAUUGCGUUCAACUCGUCGAUCGAAACCGAACGGCUGAUCCCUGUUGUCUCGCUACCAGCAAAGAACGGUGUUCUCCAUCCGAAAGUUGCGAUUAGAUGGGAAGACGCCGGUAUAGCCGUGUCACAGCUUGGAACUGUCGACUGCACAAUAACCGCUGCAUUCUACGACAAUAUGGACCACCGAUGGAGAGCAACCACUAGACGAACGCUUUUUGACAUAGCUGUAGCACGAAAUCGGUCUGUCGUGAUGUUUCGGGGCUCCGAAGCAGAUGUGGCUGUCCUGACUGGAGCUGUUGUUCAACUGAAAUUAUCAUGCGCCGGGUUUGCUCCCGACGAGCAUUGCCUCUCUUUCCGUGUUAGUGGAAUAUCGGGAGCGAAUCCAUACAUGCUGACUUCGUCAAACACUAGGGCGGAAUUACUAUUUAUCUUGGUGCUGGCAUUUCUGCUGGCACUUACUAUCAUUGGCUCAUUCGUCGUCUGGCACCUGUGCUGGCGGAUCAAGAAGCGUCAGCUGAUCUCGGACAUUCAGAUGCAGUUUCUUUAUCAUUUGCAAAAACAACAAGAGCUACAAAAGGCGGCUUUGGCUCAGGCCACAGCAAACGAAAUGGGUCCUUGUGAAUUCAAAACCUCUCUGGAUCGAAUACCGAAAAGGAGACUGUAUUUUAGCUCGGAAUAUCUCGACGAGUCGAUGAUGGCUAACCCUCCUCCCGUAGCUGAACAGUUCCUCGCCGACCUCCGCCGGGUCAUAGACGUAGCUAGAGAGAGAAUCCGAAUGCGCCGAUUUGUACCCAUGCUGAUCACCAUUCCCGAAGAUCACGAAGAGGAGAUUGAGCCAGAGCAAACGACGCAGCAUGUGGACAAUCAGCAGCAAGACUCACCUAAAAGUGACAAGUCUGUAGACAGUGGAAGAGAGUCACACUCAUCGGAAUCGGAUGAUUCAAGCAGAGAAGAUGACAAAGAUGGAAGGGAGAGCGAAAGAAAGGAGACGACUGAAGUUGAGCACAUCAGCUGCGUGCGGAACAUCGUUAAUGGUUUCGAAUCCCGCUCAGCGAAAGGAACCCAGUUGCCAAAACCCGCAGCAAGAACUCCUCCCAGAAUAGCAGCCAAACCUCGGUUACCCACUUCGCAAAUUCCUACGCUUCUUGGUGAGGCUAGUCCACGCCCAGUUCAAAAAUCUCUAUCUCUCGCACGAGUACCUUCCUUGCCAAAAUCAUCACCUCCACGCAUGCCUUCGGACAUAAGCUAUGAAAAAACAUUAGUGAAUAUGAAUGUGCGAUAUGUCAAGCAUACGCUAGGAUAA